AUGGAUGGGAAGCACAGGAUGACGGGUAGCAGCAGCAGCAGCAGCAGCAGCCGGGUGGAACAGCGUGGGAACGUGGAUCCGGUUAUGGAUAGCGAGUCGGAGGACGAGGGAAAGAAGAGCAAGGGUGAUUCUGGCGGCGGUUCUACGUUCAAGACGCCGACGACCCCGUCCAAGGCUGGGAGUGGGAGUAUGGUGUCGUUGAGCGGGGGCAUGGGCGGGAAGAAGGGUAAGAAACGGGCAGGGCAGGAGCAGGUUGCGGUCUGCGGCGGUGCGGCGGGCGGGCCGCCGCCGCAGACGCAGACGGCGUUGGGGGAGGUGGAGCACGGUCCGAGGCGGCUGUCGCAGGAGGAGAUUGUGGACCAGAUGGAGAAGGAGCAGGAUGCCAUUGUGAUGCGGUUGUUGCGGGAAAUUGAUCUUCUCAGGGAGGAGAACAGCAGGUUGCGUCGGAACAUGGGUCACGUGUUGAAUGGGGAGCCGUUGUCGCCCACACCGCCCCAGUCGCGGCGGUCUUCGAUUGCGUCGCUGAGACAGCCGCAGCUUUUUGCGUCGGCUGGGUCGAUGGGGUCUACUCCGUGUAGUUCGAGGCGGUCGUCGUUUUCGCAGAUGGAUAAUUUGAAGUCGGACUUGCAGAAAAAGAGGAAUUCAGCGUGCAGCUAUCCGAUCACGCUGAGUAGUGGUGCCUGUGGUGGCGGCGGCGGUGGCGGCGGCGUUGGAGGGCAGUUGGGUGGGAAAUACGGUGGGUUUGAUUAUGUCGAUGGGUUGUGGUCGUCUUCCGCGCAGGAUCAAGUUCCGGUGGGCCCUGGUAUUGCGGGAACACGUACGAGACGCCGGAGGCAGUCUAAUGAUCCUGCGACGGCGACCGGCCCUCGGUUAUCCAAGUUGCCGAAUCGGGCUGGCUACACUGUUCUUUAG